CAUGCUAUGUUGACGUGUAGUUUGUUGGUCCAUCCAUAUGGUACUAGUCAGUUGUCAAAGCCGGACAUCAUUUCAGCUUCUGACGGACGUUUUGUGAAUUUUAACCUGUGGGUGACUUCGCAAUUGGGCGACGAUGUCCGGAGAAAUGUCUAUGAUUGGUUCGGUGAUCCUGGCCCUGUUCCUAGCUGGCUAUCUGGGCCAGCAGUACUUGCCGCCCCCGAAACCGAAAGUGAUCGGCCUGGAUCUAGGCACCACCUUUUGCUCGGUCGGCGUCUUCCAUCCGGGCAGCGGGGAGGUGGAAGUGAUAGCAGAUGAAGAGGGUAGGAAGAGCAUCCCCAGCGCCGUCUCAUUCACUACCACUGCGGUGCUGGCUGGACAUGAAGCCGUGGACCUGGCCGACAGCAACCCUCAAAACACCAUCUACGAUGCCAAGAGGUUCAUCGGGAAGAUAUUUGAGCCGCAGGUCCUGGAGCAGGAGAGUGCUCGGUACCCGUUUAAGGUGAUAAAUAACAAUGGAAGUGCAGAGUUCCUGAUCUCCACCAACCACACCUUCGCCAUAAGCCCCGAGUUCAUCGGCUCCAGGCUGCUGCUGAAGAUGAAGAAGAUGGCCGAGCGACACCUUGACAUGCCCAUCCAGAAAGCUGUCAUCUCGGUGCCAGCAGAGUUUGACGAGAGGCAGAGGAACUACACUAUCAGGGCCGCCAACCUCGCUGGCCUGGAGAUCCUGCGUGUGAUCAACGAGCCCACAGCAGCAGCCAUGGCCUACGGCCUGCACAAAGUGGAUGUGUUUAAUGUGCUGGUGGUGGACCUUGGGGGAGGAACCCUGGAUGUGUCUCUGCUCAACAAACAGGGAGGCAUGUUCCUCACCAGAGCCAUGGCAGGGAACAACAAGCUGGGAGGUCAAGACUUUAGCCAGAGGUUGCUCCAGUACACCAUAGAGCGAGCCCAACAGGAGUUUGGCAUCCCACCCACUCACAAAGAGGACAUCCACCGUCUGCGACAGGCCGUGGAAGCCGCCAAGCUCAACCUCACCCUUCAGCCCAGCGUCACCAUCAGGGUGCCCCUGCACCUUCACGCCCACGGCAGCUCCGUGUCACCAGAAGGCUCGGCUGCUGCUCCGGUUCUCUUCCAGGCCGUGAUCACUCGCGAGCUGUUCGAGGAGAUCAACAAGGACCUUUUCCAGAAGAUCCUUGCUCCCGUUGAGACGGUGUUAGCCGAGGGCCACCUGGAGAAAGAGGACGUGGAUGAGAUAGUUCUGGUCGGAGGGUCUACCAGGAUCCCGAGGAUCAGGAUGCUGAUCAGGGAGUACUUUGGGAAGGAGCCCAACACAUCAGUAGACCCCGACCUGGCUGUGGUCACAGGUGUGGCCAUUCAGGCUGGCAUCAUGGGCGGCUCCUGGCCUUUACAAGUGAGCGCUAUAGAAAUCCCCAACAGACACUUGCGCAAGACGAACUUCAGCUAAUCUUUUAUCAAUGUUAUUUAUUAAGAUCAAGACUUCCUAACUGUUUCAUGAUUCUCUUAUGUGCAACAUUUUCAAAUCUGCUGAAGUAAAAAAACAAACAAAAUUGCCAACAAAAGACACCUGAAUGAAGAAAUGCAAGAUGCUCAGGUUUUUCUAGUUAUCUCAUGCUCUCUUGUUUGGGAAAGGCAGCGGUGGCAAAAAAAAAAUAUUUGAUUGCGUGUUGAAAACAUUCCUCUUCGACAGAUAGUGACUGAUAACAGCUGCAGAAGCGGACCCUCCUGUUUCCAUUUUUAAAGCGACCGCUGCUUUUGUUGCACACGAAGCUUCAGCAGAAAUAGCAAACACAUACUGAGGAAAUGUGUAUCUACUGAUCCAUUAAGCUUCAUUGAUGCUUAUUAAUGGUAGAUACUUUUAACCCUUGUGUUGUUUUCGGGUCAAAUUUGAUCCGUUUUUUAAAAUGUCUGUAUCAGAAAUAUGGGUUUCUUUUUAACUACCUAAUUUGGAGGAUUCCAUACAUCACGCUUUGCAAGUACUACAAAAGAUAGGAACUCUACUUUCAUUGACUUUUGGGUGUUUUAUAAAAAAAAAAAUAACAUUUAAAAAAAAAAAUGUUUCAAAACUAGACUGAACAUUGACAUUUACCCUUCUGUAAUUAUCCUUCAUUUAAUGAGUCUAAAUAAUUCAUAAUGUCUGCUUUUUUAACUCAAGCAUUAGGUAUAAUUUCCUAUAAAUGAGGUUUAGUG